AUGGAAAUGGAGUCGCAAGCCGCCCCUUCUUAUCCCCGUGCUGGAUUCCGCUGUUACAAUUGCGGUGAAAACGGACAUCAAGCUCGUGAUUGCACGAAGGGUGCCAUCUGCUACAACUGCAAUCAAACCGGACACAAGGCCAGUGAUUGCACUGAACCCCAGCAAGAGAAAACCUGUUACGCUUGUGGCACCGGUGGCCAUCUCGUUCGUGAAUGCCCAUCCAACCCCAAUCCCAACCCUACUCCCCGUCAAGGUGCUGAAUGCUACAAAUGUGGACGUGUUGGUCACAUCGCUAGAGACUGCCGUACCAAUGGUCGUGUUGGCGCCCGUCCCAUGAACUGCUACGCUUGUGGUUCCGUUGGUCACCAAGCCCGUGACUGUACCAUGGGUGUCAAGUGCUACUCUUGUGGUAAAAUUGGUCACCGUAGCUUUGAAUGCCAACAAUCCACUGAUGGUCAGUUAUGCUACAAGUGCAACCAACCUGGCCAUAUUGCUAUCAACUGUACUAUUCCUUCCGUUGAGGCUUAA